AAAAUUUUAAAAACUUUCACCUUUUAGUUUGCAUGUAAUAUCUAUAUUUCCAUUGCCAUGUGAUAAUGAGAUAGAAUCUGCCUAUUCAAGUGUGUUUUAUCAUCGACGGUAAUCAUGAAAUUCAGUGAUAGCACUCGAACACUCAAUUAAAACAAAGUUAUUGAGAAACAUAAAAGAAUAAACAAAAGCUAAAAAAAGAGAGAAAAAAAAAAAUACAGAAGAGGAUACCUCAACUAUGAGGAGAAGUUUCCAAUCCAAAAGAAUGGAAAUUGCUUUUCUUGAAUAUCCUCGACAGCAUUCCCUCUGUGAGGAACAAGGAAUAACUACAAGUUUAGCUUUAGAAAGAGGAUAUUCUUUCAAUCUCUAAUGUCUCCUUCCCCAAACUUGGCUGACUGCUUUUGGGAUCAUGAAACAAAGAACUUCAAGAAGAUGGCUUUUUGUUUUUGCUCAGAUGGGUUUUCAAGGGAGAAUGACUGGCAUGUUCAAAACAGCCACUUACUUCUCAAUUAAGUCUCAUUAUCAAAUUACUAUUUGUGUUUUAUGUGUGGGGAAGAUGAAGAAGAAGAAAAUCCCUUGCUUCAUAAUGGAGUUGUGUGCAAACAAGGCAUUUCCUUUGCUUCACAACUCCCCUGUGUAAAGAUAGAGAUACUGAUCCAUAUAAACUUCAGAAACUGUUGCAGAAAAUUGAAAGAUAUCAAAACCAAACACUGUUCAUUGUGAGCCCUUGUUCAGAAAAUUAUAAGCUAGAGAUUUCGUCAUAUGGAAACUUUGACUAGUCAAAGAAGAGUGAGUUUUUCUGAUUCAGGACAACAAAAAAGGGAUCCUACUGUCAAACCUAGUGACGGAAUUCCACAGAAAAAAACAUCUUUCAAAAAGGAUAAAAAGGAGUCUAAGACGUUACAAUGGUAUUUUUCAAACCAAACGAAUGAGGAUUAUGAUUCAAAGGAUAUAGAGUUUGCAACUGCAGUUGCAUCAGCUGCAUUAGCAAUUCGCUCUCAAGAAGAAACAGAUUUACAAUAUCAGAAAAAAAAGAGAGAAAGCGUGGAAGCCUCAAUAACAAAGGUUAAAAGUAGAAAAGAUGGCACAGCUGCACUUGCUCCCAGCAUGACAAGGAGAUUAUCCAAAAAGGAAACACAAACAACCAAUCCUGGUCAAUCUUCAAUAAAGAAGCCAAUGGGGCAGGAAAAGAGGGAAUCAGUGACUGGAAUUCCUAAACCUCCGGCACAGCCUAGACGAAGCCUCGUACCAACUAGAGCAGAUGUGUGGGAGAGAAAUAAGAUGGAGAAGAUUAGUAAAAGGUAUCUGAAGAUAAAAGCUUCAAUUCUUGCCUGGGAAAAUGAGAAAAAAAUGCAUGCAAAACAUCAUAUGGAAAAGAAAAAGGCUGAACUGGAGCGCAAAAAGGCAUUGUUCCAGCAAUAUUACCAGGAAAACAUUGCACGAAUCGACCAGAUUGCGGGGGGAGCAAGGGCACAGCUGGAAGAGAAGAGAAAAAGGGAAGAGAAAAAAGCAAGAGAAACAGCCAACAGAAUCAGAUCAACUGGACGACUUCCUGUGACGUGUUUCUGCUUCCAGUGUUACUAAGAAUGAGAUUUGGUCUUGCGAACACAGAAACAUGAAAUCAUGCAACUCCUAUUUACUUACAUUUCAUCUAACCAGUUCUAAUCCAAAAUCAAUAUCAAGUCAUUGUGGUGUGGUGUAAACUGUAUCAUUUGCUUCUUUCUUUGUGGCCACAAACACUCGAAGAAUGAUAUAUCUCAUUGCAUGUACAUAGAUAAGCACAGCUUUAAUCUUCUACAAAUUUUACAUGGAACAAAUGAACCAAACACUUCAAACAAUAAUCAUGCAUAAAAUAAUGGAAGAAAAAAUAUACAAGUACAGAGUUUUUAACAUAUUUA